AUGUUAACUUUAAACGACAAAGAGCUCCUAUCGAGCCGCAGUUCCCAUACAGACGUCCCGGAUCUUGAAAAGGGCGAAGCAUCACCAGAGAAAGGAGCAGUGACUGACCACCAGGACCACGAAGAAGUCGCUGAAGAUGAUGAGAUUGGCGCCGAACUAGAGAAACACCUGACCCGCAAAUCCACCAAGAGAGACGAACUCCCAGUUGAGAAAUACCCGUUGACAGAUCUCGACCAAGGUCUUGUAGGAUGGGACACACAAGAUGAUCCUCUCAACCCACGAAACUUCGCCCACAGGAGCAAAUUGUUCAUUCUCUCCCUCGUCGCAGCCAUUACAUUCCUAUCGCCUCUCGCCUCCUCCAUCUUCGCACCGGGUAUCCCCUUCGUCAAUGCAGACUUCCACAAUACCGCCCAGCUGCUGGGGAGCUUCGCAGUCAGUGUCUACGUUUUGGGCUUCGCUGUAGGACCACUCUUUCUGUCUCCCCUCUCCGAAAUCUACGGUCGCUGUGUAGUCCUCAACUUCAGUAAUGUCGUCUUCUGCGCCUUCACGCUCGGCUGCGCACUCGCACCCAACCUCGGUAGUCUCAUUGCUAUGCGCUUCUUAGCCGGUGUAGGCGGCAGUGCCUGUCUCACAAUCGGUACCGGCGUCAUUGCUGAUCUGUUCGUUGCGUCGCAGCGCGGAAAAGCGGUUGCCAUGUAUAGCAUGGGCAUCCUCUUCGGCCCAAUUGUUGGGCCGAUUUGCGGCGGGUUCAUUGCGCAGAGAGCUGGUUGGAGGUGGGACAUGUGGGUCGUACUCAUUGUCGGUAUCCUUCUCACGGCGGGCUUGUUCAUUUUCAACACAGAGACAAACCACAACGUCCUCUUGAACCGCAAGACUCUCAAACUCCGCCGAGAGUUGCAACGCCCGGAGCUGCAAAACGUAAUGAACGCUUCCAAGCUCGCUGCAGCACUUACACCGAAAGCUAUCCUUCUCAGUGGCAUCACUCGGCCCCUAAAGAUGCUCACCACGAGCCCGAUCGUGCUCUUCUGCUCGCUAUACAUGUCCUUCCUCUUCGGCCUACUCUUCCUGCUAUUCACGACCUUGACACCCGUCUUCCUUCAGACCUACGGCUGGGCGCCAGAGAUGACUGGACUUGCCUACCUCGGAAUAGGAAUCGGCAACUUCCUGGGCAUAGGGUUCGUCGCGAAGACAUCUGACGCGACCAUCAUCAAACUGGCAAAACGCAACAAGGGCGUUUACGAACCAGAGAUGAGAUUGCCACUUUGUGUGUUCUUCGGCUUCUUGAUCCCUGUGUCGUUCUUCUGGUACGGCUGGGUGGUUCAAUACAAGGUGCACUGGGUCGUACCUAUUAUAUCUCUAAUACCUUUUGGCUUCGGUUUGAUGGGCAUUUUCGCUCCUCUGCAAACUUAUUUGAUAGAUUGCUUCCCACAAUACGCCGCCAGUGCAAUCGCAGGUAUGACCUGUCUUCGAUGCCUGUUCGGCGGUCUACUUCCGCUUGCUGGACCUUCAAUGUACGAGACCUUAGGCCUAGGCUGGGGAAACAGCAUGCUAGGCUUCAUUGCGAUUGCCUUCAUUCCAGUGCCGGCGCUACUAUUCAAGUAUGGCAAGACGAUCAGAGAAAGGUAUCCCAUCAAGUUUUAG